UGGAUGGAAGCCACCACACCGCGAAAGAACGAUGACAGCGCAGAGUCGAGUGUCUGUUGGACAGGUGAUAGGUGUCAGUGCGGCCGGGACUGAACGAAAGACGCGAAUAAGGUUUGGGUCGCGGUUAGGCGAGCGUGGUAAACGUGUGUUGAUAUCCUCCGGGCCGACGCUACUCUAAUCUAGUCUUCGGAAUAUUCAAAUGGCUGACGGUGAGUUACUGGAUAUUGUCCCAACGCGGGCAAUGCUGCAGAAAGGAGCCAAAACAGUCGACUUCAAGGCAACCGUAUUUGAUACAAAAUCCCGCAAUUCCUUAAAAAGUAUCGGACCCAAACCUCCACACACUGCAGAACACCAACAAAAGCCGAACUACUCCGACGAUGAGUUCGGCGAGGAUUUCGACGACGACCUGUCGGAACAGAAACGGCGGAAACCGAAACGGAAGGAUGACACCGAAUUCGACAUGAAGCGGGCGCGCCACGAAGUCAUCCGCUUCGGUUCGAGUGGUUUCGAGACGCAGGACAAGAAGCGCGCGCAGAUUGCCCUCGCCGUGAAACUGGGAGCACGGCCGCCCCGCAACGAAUACAAAAACUACAAAGAUCUGAUCGCUGAGAAAAGACAGGCAAAAGCACAGAAGGAAAGUGAGCAGCGGAUGCUGCAGUUGGGGAAGAAUCAAGUGGGCGUCGCGAGUGUUCGCUGUCAACCCAAGAAGGGGUUGCAGAAGAGGCGUCGGGAUCUCGGUGAUAUCUCGCAGCAUUAUGGCGUGACGAAGCCUAAGUUGUUCAAAAAGAAGAAACGGAGGAAUUGAUAGAGAACGACUUUGUUUCGCAAAAAAUAAUCGGAUAACCCAUAAAAACUCGUGACUGGCGUUCAAGCCUACCUAACGCAUCCGCACAUUUUAUGAAUGUUUACGUGUUUGAUCAUUCCGUCUCCAUUUCCAAAAUUUGUGAAUUCCACUUUCGUAUUUUGUGAGCUAAGAAUAGAUCCUGCGGUUAAAUAAAUAUCUUUUAAUAAUCUGAAAUACGUCGUGAUAGACUAAGUGAAAGAUGAAAGGCGUAACCGUCCAAAUUUGCAUGUAUUGGCAUGGGAAGUACAUAAACACA